AUGAAGAAACAAGAAAGGCAAGGAGGAUUUAAGGCCAACUAUUUCAUCUUUGCAAUGAUGUUUCUGGAUAACAUAGGGUUUGUGGCUAACAUGGUAAACCUGGUUCUGUACUUCAUGUUUGUGAUACACUUUGACAUCUCUGGCUCUGCUACCACCACAACAAAUUACUUGGGUACCGCAUUCUUGCUUACAAUAGUUGGAGGAUUCAUCUCGGAUGCCUACAUGAAUCGACUCAACACAACUCUACUCUUUGGUGUGACAGAACUGCUGGGAUAUAUGUUGUUGAUUAUUCAGUCCCAUUAUAAAAAACUGCAACCUUUACCAUGUGAAGAAUCAAUCUGUGUUCAUGGCACAAAAGCCUUGCUGUUUUAUGCUUCAAUAUCCUUAAUUGGACUAGGAGGUGGUGGAAUUAGAGGAGCGAUUCCUGCUUUAGGUGCUGAUCAGUUCAACUACAAGAAACCUGAGGAGCGCAAGCAUAUAGCCAGCUUCUUUAACUGGCUAUUGCUUAGUAUAACCGUUGGCGCUGUGGUUGGAGUCACAUUUGUGGUGUAUGUCAGCACUAGGGUUGGAUGGGACAUAGGAUUUAUAAUUUCCUUAUCUUGUGCUGCUGCUGGUCUUUUCAUUGUUGCUUUAGGAAAACCAUAUUAUCGUGUUCGAGUUGCAGGAGAAAGUCCUUUGCUAAGGGUUUUACAGGUUUUGGUGGCCAGUGUAAAGAACUGGAAGGUGGAUAUGCCUCAAAGUUCUGAUGAACUACAUGAAUCCACUAAAAAGAGAGAGCGAAUCCCCCACACCGACCAAUUCAGAUUACUAGACAAGGCAGCCAUUCUCCCUAAAGGUGUUGAUGCUGCAACAACAUCAAAAUGGAAAGUUUGCACAGUAACACAGGUGGAGGAAGUGAAGAUCCUUACAAGGAUGAUGCCGAUCCUUCUAAGCACAAUCCUCAUGAACACAUGCUUAGCACAACUGCAAACUCUUUCCGUCCAACAAGGAAUCCUCAUGAACACACGCAUUGGCAGUUUUGAUGUUCCUGCAGCCACAAUUCCAGUCAUUCCUUUGCUAUUCAUGUCUUUUCUUAUCCCCAUCUAUGAGUUCACUUUCGUUCCCCUUUUGCGCAAGUUCACUGGUAACCCCAAUGGCAUAACCCACCUCCAGAGAGUUGGUGUUGGUCUUGUGCUCUCAGCUAUCUCCAUGACUAUAGCAGGGUUUGUGGAGGUGAAGAGAAAACAUGAGUUCAUUCACCACAAUCACAAGAUCAGCCUCUUUUGGCUGGCAUUUCACUAUGCAAUUUUCGGCAUUGCAGACAUGUUCACACUUGUAGGGUUGAUGGAGUUCUUCUAUAGAGAAGCUCCUACUGGCAUGAGGUCUCUGUCUACUUCAUUUUCCUGGCUUUCACUUUCCAUUGGGUACUACCUGAGCUCAGCUUUUGUAGAGCUCGUCAACUCUAUCACUGGUAACUUUACAGACAGCAAGUUAGGGUGGCUCGAGGGGCGUGACAUGAACAAGAACCACAUAGACUAUUUCUACUGGUUUUUGGCGAUUCUCAGCGUGCUUAACUUUGCAAAUUAUCUUUUCUGGGCCAACUGGUACACAUAUAAGAACGAUGUUACAGUCGAUGAGGAGAUGGUAAUCAAAGCAGACCAAGUUGGAGCUGAUACAUCUCAGUCUGCAAGUGCAACUUGUGCAAGUGUAAGCUUUGUGUCCAAAAACUAA